AUGAUUAAAUCUCCCUUUAAAGUGGAAAAGAGCUUCCUGAGAAUUAAGGAAAUGAAACUAACCAUAUGGGUGGUGGACGGUAGUUGUUGCCAUCAAGACGGCCAGGUACACGCCGGAUAUGCGGCCUUACAGCCAAACUCAGGAAAGGUACUGCAAGGCACGGUGAGACCGUAUUCGGCUCAAGCAGCUGAAAUAGUGGCAGUGGUAGCAGUCCUGUAUGAGGAAAAGCAGGAAGAAGACGUAUGUAUUUGUUCGGACUCAGACUGGGUGAUUCGGGCUCUGAGCGAUUGGAUGCCAGUAUGGAUCCAGAACCAAAUGCACUCGUCAGAUGGAAAACCCAUAAAGUACUCAACUAUCUUCAACACGCCUGGAAUCUAG